CAAUGCCAAAAUACAGAAUUAGUUUUCUAGGAUUUCUCUGCACAUUCGCUGCUGUUAGUGCCGGUGGGCCCACCCUGGUGCUCCUCGAUAAUCUUGCUAUUAAGGAAACACACUCCAUCUUCUUCAAAUGGCUUCAAGAUCGCGAUUACACUCUGACCUUCAAACUGGCAGAUGACGCUAACUUGGUGCUCUCCAAAUACGGCGAAUUUCUGUACAAACAUCUGAUAAUAUUCGCACCAUCAGUGGAAGAGUUUGGUGGAGCUCUGAAUGUCGACACUGUAACAGAUUUCAUUGACGGAGGUGGCAAUGUUCUAGUGGCGGGAUCUUCUCAAUCUGGAGAUGUUCUGCGAGAGCUAGCUUCGGAAAAUGGCUUUGAAGUCGAUGAAGAAGGAGCAACAGUUAUCGAUCACCUCAAUUACGAUGUCAGUGACAGUGGUCACCACACAACGAUCGUCGCAGACGCUGAGAAUCUCAUCAACGCCCCAGUCAUCGUGGGGAGCAAAGAUGUUGCUCCACUUCUUUACCAGGGAACUGGACUCAUUGCUGAUCCGGAGAAUCCGCUAGUGCUCCGAUUACUCACUGCUUCGAGCUCGGCCUACUCUUACAACUCUGAUCAGCCUGUUAAAGAGUAUCCUCACGCUGUAGGGAAAAACACUUUGUUGAUUGCUGCAUUGCAAGCAAGGAACAAUGCUCGCGUACUUUUCUCGGGGUCUCUAUUCUUCUUUAGUGACGAGGCCUUUACUAGCUCUGUUCAGAAAGCUCAAGGUGGAAAAAAAUACGAAAAAUCAGGAAAUGAAGCAGUAGCAAAAGCCAUGACUCAAUGGGUAUUCAAAGAGAACGGUGUGAUUCGUGUUUCCUCAGUAGAUCAUUACAGGAUUGGUGAAGACAAGCCUCCAGCUGCCUAUACAAUCAUGGAGGACGUCAUUUACUCAAUCACAGUUGAGAAACUCUCAGGUGAUAAGUGGGUACCGUACGAAGCCAACGAUCUACAACUCGAGUUUGUACGAAUUGAUCCAUUCGUCAGGAUGACGAUGACACCCUCUGGUUAUGGGAAGUACGAGGCACGAUUCAAAAUACCCGAUGUCUACGGAGUUUAUCAAUUCAAGGUCGAUUACAAGAGAAUUGGCCUCACCCAUUUGUACAGCACUACGCAAGUAUCUGUACGACCUCUACAGCAUACACAGUACGAACGUUUCAUUCCAAGUGCAUAUCCAUAUUAUGCUAGUGCCUUCUCCAUGAUGGCAGGCGUUUUUAUUUUCUCUCUAGUAUUUCUUCAUUAUAAAGACCCUCAAGUCAAACCCAAAGCCGAAUGAAGGGAUUAAUUUUAUACGUGUAGGAAGCAUUGGAGGGAGAAAAUGACAGGAGUAAUGUGGUACUUUUGAUUCUUAAAGGAUUACCUUUCAAAACUUAUUUGUUUUUUUUUUCCUAUUAUAUAAUUAAUCUGAAAUUAUAUGAGUUGAUAUUUGGAGUCUUUUAUGAGUACGCAUAAUAUUAUAUCAGAUAGAAAAAAAUAUGGUGAAUGUAAAAAUGCAAAAAAAAUCAAUAUAAGAUUUGAAGGAUAAUUCACUUGGGCCUUACAUAUAUAUUUAUAAUUUAAAUAUUUGAAUUGAUAUGAUAAGUCCGUUCCCCUCGUUUGAGAAUAUUGAAUGAAAAGUCCACUUUACUCCACUCAAUCCGACUAAAUACUAAAAAAAACGUGAUACAUUGUAAUACAUUGUCAAAAGAAUGAGUUUAUCACUUCAGUCUGUUUUUAAUCUCUUCGCAUAAACACAGUUCUCUAUAAACAA